AUGUCUCCCGUUACCGCUCAAGUGGUGCGCACCAUGGGUCGCCGUCAAUUCUCCAUCAUCCGAUCUCUUCGCCAGGUUGGCCGAUCAAUGGAGGCCCAUCCCUUUGAGCGUCUGCCUACAGCCAAGGCUGCUCCCGCCGACUGGGGAAGGCAGUUUCGCCGUGUUGGUUCACAAGCUGUGAUCUUCUUCCCCGGCAUGGCUUUCGUCCUGGGCUGGCCCUACCUCUCCUACAUGUACUACGACGGCCGUGUAUAA